CGUGAGCAAACGGCACACUGUACUGACCCGAUGCAUCGCGAUGACGUGCACACGCAGGCAUAUGACCCCACCGCCGCGCUGGCGGCGGCCGAGGUGGAACGCCUGGUGCAGGAGCACUGCAACCGAUUGCUGGAGCCCACCAUGGAGGCGUCCAAGGCGACGGCGGUCCAGUUGGAGGGCCUUUGGGACCUGUCCAAGACCAACUCUCGGAAGAUCAUCAACCUGGAUCACACCUUUCGGGAGAUGCAGGAGGGACUCCUCAAGAUUGAUGGCUUCAGAAGCGAGCUGGACAAGUAUGAGACCAAUCUCAACAAGCAGGUCAGCAACACGGAGGGCCUGGUGGAGCGGUUUGAGGUGCAGCUCGCCCAAGUUCGGAUGUUCACCUCGCAGAAGGAGGAGGCACACCUGCAGCACCGCAGCGCCCUGGACUCUCUGAGGCAUGAGGUGCAUCACCUGCAGCAGAAGUUGGACUCCUGUGAGGAGGCCUUCUUCCGCAGCCUGAAGGAGAAGCUGGGAGAGGUGGUACCCUUGAAGGCUGAGAUGGAGGCCAAGCUUGCGAACAUGGAGCUGCGGCACACUGCCCUCUCGGACGAGGUUUGGGCGAGUGAGUCUGCCAUUGCGAAGUUGGGCGGCGAGCUCAUCAAUGUGCAGAACCGCUUUGACCAGAUGAAGGAGGUUGUAGACGGCCUCACUGACGAGAGGGACGUGCGUGAGAAGCUGGAGAAGAUGCAGCAAGAGCUGGCAGACUGGCUGGGCCAGUCCCGCUUCGAAGCAGCCACCAUUCGGAAGGCCUUCUCAGCGGCCACGGCGGCCAACAAAGAGACGAUCCGCAUCGGGCUGGACGUUGCGGCGAACCAGACGGCCAACUUCAUGGACGAGGUUCGCGUGGAGAAUCAGCGGCUCCUGCAGGACACCGAGAACCUUCGUGGGAAGACGGAGGUCAUCUGCCAGGACUUUAGGUCGGAGAUCUCCGACAUGCAACAGGACCGGCAGCGUGCGGAUGCCCGGAACGAGGCCAUCCUGAGGGAGCUCCGUGAGGUGACGCUCCGACUCAUGGAGGGCUUGGAGGAAUACGACCGCAGAAGGAAGCGUGAGAAGACCACUUUGGAGUUGGAGAUGAAGGAAGUGGGCCAACAGCUGGCCAUCCUUCAUGACUCAGUGGAGGACGCAGUGCGAGCCUGCAAAAGCCUGGAACCUCUCUGUGGGUGCCUGGUGGAGGUCAUUGCCUUGCAGAUCAGCUUGGAGCGUCAGGAGUUUGCAGACUGGACGCGGGUGUCGCUGGUCGGGUACAAGCCCGUGGCCCCCUUCAAGAACCAGGAGGGCGACGUCACUGCCAAGUCCUCGCCCAAGGCGCAAAGGUCGCCCAGGAAGAAGGAGGAUGCGUCGCAGAUCAUCAGCCUGGACAAGCGCUGCUAUUCCUGCUGCAGCCAGACACAGAUGGUGUUGUCUGGGUUCAAGAUGGCCUGCUUGAACUACAAGCCCUCGGCGGUGCGCACCGGAGAGAGCAGCUUCGAGAGGUUGGAGCUCUUUGAUCGGAUGGACCAGCUUGUCGCGGUGGCAAGGGAGCGGAUGAAGUACAGCCGGGAUGAGGAGGUCAUACCAAUGCCGGAACGUCCAGAAGAAGCGACGAAGGGGAAGUCGGGCUUCACACUCCCAGCGCUGUCGCCCAGGUAGAGCCAUCACUCUGCCGGAGGCAGAGGUUUUAGAUGUCUGACCCAAGCUUCAGCGCAUCGGUUUGUCAUCGCGAUGGCGAUGAGUUUUGUUUUUUUUGUACAUAGGCUCCCAGACAUCAGAGUCGCAGAGCUCUUUCCGAGUGC